CCAAAAUGGCAAAUAUAAAAAAAAUAUAAUUAAAGUUACCUGAAAUAAAAUGAAAAUUUUUCUCUUUUUAAUUACCAUUAUGGAUUAGUUUAACUUUUUUUUUAAUUUAUAGGUAAAAUGAAUUGUAUUAUUAAUUUAUAGCUAUUAUCAACAGCAAUAACCCUGGUUUCUGGAAGCCCUCCACGUUGUGUGUUUUCGGACUCACGUCAGAUUGAGGUAUUUCCGUGUGUUUGCGCAGCGGUUCAAAGGUCACGCAGCUCUGAGCUGGUCUCUGAUCUCCAGGAGUGUUAGCGAGCGUGUCGGAGGACGAGAGAAUGCCAUCUCUUCUGCGUCGCUGUGUGCUGAGCGCGCUCCUGAUGAGUCUGCUGCUGUUCCUCAGCUCUCUGUGGCUGCCUCAAGGAAGUGUUCAGACCUGUGAGCAGUCGUGGAGGCCCUGUCUAAGCGUGUACACGUCAACCAGACAGGUGGCUCCCGCUGCCCUUCCUGAGGAGCUGGGAGGAAGUGACAUCAUCGGAGAGUGUGCCGGGCAGCACUUCCAGGUGUCCCGCCUCCUGUCGCACCUAAACUCCGCCCUCGGCCCCGCCUCCGACGUUCUUCUGGAUCCCUAUCUGCUCUGCUGGGAGGAGCUCAUCAAGUUCAUGGAGGCUCUGGGCCCUUUGGUGGGGUUCUUCACUCAUAAAGUUGAGGAGAAGAUCACGCUCAUCAGACAGCUCGCGAUGGAAGAAUUCGCCAGACAGAACGCGACAACAAAUGAGCGCGUGGCCCCGCCCCCUCCGCACGCCUACCGCUCCGUGCGCUCCAUGCUGGAGGCGGAGCUCCAGAGGGGCGUGGUCUCAUUCGACACGCAAACACCUUCCGGUAGUCGAACUUUGCUCCGCCUCCACCGUUCGUUACUAUGGCUACAGCUGCUCCUGGAGAAGCUGGGGUCGGAGCGCGAGGGGCGGAGCAUGGGCGAGCUCUGCCGCGACGCGUACCUGGAGGUUUUGGCGCCGCAUCACCCCUGGCUCGUGCAGCGCGCGGCAGAGCUGGUGUUUCACGCGAUGCCCGAGCGCGGCGCGUUCCUGCGGCUGGUGUGCGUGCGCACGCAGGAGGAGGCGGAGCCUGUCAUGCGCGUCGUCGUGGCGGCAAUCCGAGAAAUUCACCAACGGACUCAGAAAGAGCUGGAGGUCAAAAACAUGUUGGACUUGCCUUAACACACACACACACGCACACACACUCCCGCGACACGAGAACGCUUCUGAAGUUGUUUUAAUGGGAAAUAUAGAGAAUGUGAAUCUACGUCGCGCCGCCAUUUUCGGAGGAUCACCCUCUGCUGUGAAGGCCGAAGAUCGGUUACUUUUUGAUUUGUUAAUGACAAACAAUGGUGAGAUUUUUCACAAUCACGACAGAGAAUCAAAAUCCCGCCCUGGACUCAAUAGUGGAGGGUGCGAUCCUUUCAAAAUGGCGGAUGAGCAGUUUUCCAGAACUCCACUUGGCGUGACGUCAUCACGUUCUCUACAGCAUAGGGGUAGAUGACGAAUAUAUAUUAGAGCGUGUCCUUUAGUGUGAAAAAACUUAACACAAAUAACAUGAGUUACAAUUUUUUUUUCAAUGUUAGACUUUGUUUUCACACCGUAGGACGUUAAUACGUCCUUAAGGUGAGAGCGGCUAUUUAACUUGAAUGUGCAAGACUUCCGGUGUCCUGACAUCUUAUCCUACCCACAGGAUUUACCGCGCAUUUUUAACAUAAUUAAUCUGUUUGCGUUAUUGUAAGAGGUGGGUUUGGGGUACCUGAACAACACGUAAUAACUUUAUUUGCAUUACUGA